AUGGAGACGGAGAGACCGGCAGAGGGCGCGGAGCAUUCCCGUGCCGCAUCCAAGGCCCACGAUGUCGCUAUACGACAAGAUGCCGCUAUACGACAAGAUGUCGCCAUACGAGAAUCUGCGCCUCCCAUCCCACGAGCAGCACUCGACCACUCGCGGCUAUCAUCCCGACCAGCUCCCGCCAGCGCCGCCGCAGCCGAUCGAAUGCCCAGCGAUGUCUGGACGAGCGCCAUCUCCAGGCUGCAGGCCCAGGUCUCCUACAACACCGGCAUGCUGGAAUCCCAUCGUCGCCAGUUGAGCGAUGUCGAGACGGCAAUCACGAGACUGCACCAGGAAAUGAACCACGUCGUGGCCACCUUCAACAACGAUGUGAGGGCUGAAACGCGCUCUCAACCCGCUGCCUCUGAGCGUGCGAAAGCCGAUCCGGGCGAUCUCGAGGUUCUGGCGGGACAGCUUCAGCGCUUGACGAACCGCGUCAACGAGAUCGAUGGCCUGACGAUGCAGAUGGACCUGAUGAAGAACCGCAUGAAACGGCUGGAGGGAGGCUCGGCGGCCACACCGCUACCCGUCUCCGCGCCGCCUCACGUGCACGCCGAACGCCCCGCCGCUUCUCCCGCCGGGGCGGCGUACAGAGAUGCGGCCAUGUAUGAUGCUGGACCGCCACCGCCGCCGCCACCGCCGCAACCACACCAACCAGCUGGACACUCCCAGCCCGUCCCACCGCCACCGCCACCGCCGCCACCGCCGCCACCUCACCACCAUGCUGCUCAACAUCAACAUCCCCCCUUGCCGCCCAUGCGGACAGCCUCCGUUUCCUCUUCCGCCGUCGCUCGUCCCCCGAGCUUUCCAUCCGUGACAGAGGCACAGGUCACCCAUCGAUAUCGCCCCUCGUCCGAGUCAGGACCCUUUUCACGUGACGCGCCCACUUCGCAGCCCCAGCCCCCGCCCCCGCCCCCAGCGAGCUCGGCGUCUGCUUUCCGCCCCGGCGAGGGGCUGCCCCCUCCAUCUGCACUGUCCGGAUGGCGUCCGGCGGAAGCUUUCCCCCCAGGCGCUUCACCACGAAAUGCGCCCCUUGUCGCUCCCGGUUUCCGACCACAGACGAUCGAUUCCGACUCUCACGGCGCUCCAACAAGCGGAUGGGCUGCUGUCAAUACGAACCCAGCCAUCAAGCGUCCUCCCGAAGAGACACGCUCUCCUUAUGAAUCCCCGCAAUUGGAUGGGUCCAAGAGGCCAAAGCUCGCACCGCUGAUGCCCAACAUGCCAAGGACCAGCCAUGGCGAGGAGGCUUUCGUUCCCUCACAUCCUGCCUACCCGCCCGGUGUACUGACCACGAACCCCUCCGAGGCGUCGGGACACCCACGGAGUCGAGCGCCUUCGGACGGCUCGCAGCCUCCUUCGCACCCCGCGCAUACACCUGCACAGCAGGCACUGCAACACAACUUCCGCUUCAUCACCUCUACGCAGCAAGUGGAGCCACAGGAACCAUGCAGACCUGAAGGAGAGCGACUGCCACCACCUCCCGAGCAUGGACCUGGCUCUGGACCGCGUGGCGGGAGAGGUGGGAGGGGGAGAGGUCGAGGAGGCCGCGGGCGAGGAGGUCGAGGACGGGGUGGAGGAGCUCAUGGCCAUCACGGACCCCACGGACACCACGGACAUCACGGCAACGGCGGCCCUCCACCUCAUCCAGGAGAAGCACAGCAGCAGAGCACGCCAGAGUGGGAGAAACCAGAAUGGACUGGUGGCAGCCAUGCGUCCCCAAACGGCCACUAUCACCCGGAAGUAGCCAGGGCAGGCGGCGUCGUUCGUCGAGCUGACCCACCGGUAGCAUUCGCCGGCGGAGAGAGGAGCGCCGAUUUCCCAGCAACGCCCGUCCAACAGCCAGCCGGCCCAUACGACCCAUACUCCCAGGCGAACAUCGAUUCCUCCCAGAUGAGUUCCGGCAAGAAGACCAGGACGAAGCCCAUUAGGAAUGCAGAGGGGAUUUUGAUCCGCAAGGACGGCAGGCCAGACAUGCGCAGCGUCAGCUCUGCGAACAAUCUGCGCAAGGUUCACGCCAAGAAGGAAGCCGAGCGAGCGGGAAUGGAUGGUAAGUCUGACUCUGUCAUUAGUGAUGAUACUGCACACGAUCUCAUCUCCUUCGCAGACGACGAUGACGGCACGCGCUCCGGCACGCCCACGAGCACAGUAGCCGUCGAGCACGAAGCCUCCGAGGAACCCACGGACGCCCAGGAACGCCACCGUGAGUUGAUGGGGAGAAUGUUCCCGCAAGGAAUGGAGAGCGCCGGGAGGGUAGCCGAGCAGUUCUUCCCGCGACACGAAGAGGCGUCGUCGACGAUGAAGACGGAAGAGAGCGAACGAGAUAGUCAGGAGGAGAGCAGGAGCAGGAGCAGGAGCAGCCAAUCGAAUGACGUGGUCAUGAAAGAGACGAGCGAGGCGCAAGCCGAGGAACGAACUGCAGCAGCAGCAGCAGCAGCAGCAGCAGACCAGGACUCUACUAAUGUUAACACUAAACAAGCAGAAGCCAGCAGCCAGGAGCAGGCUGGUAGCGGGGAACGCGAAAGUAAAACGGAGGACUCCUAA